CUUUAAUUUGGUUAGAAUUUUGUCAAGAUUGUAAAGUUGGUCCAAAAACAAGGAAUGAAGGGUGCUAAAGGAGGCUGGAAGGAAUUUUUGGAUUUCCAUGAUAAGAGGUUUGGUUCUAGUUUAAGUGAUCCUGCAAAGAGAUCUAUUGAUACCCUGAUUGCUUUUCUAACAACUUUCACAAAAGAGGAAGAUUUAGAGUUCAUUGCCAAAAUCACAAAGGAUCGUGAAAGAAUAGAAGAACUUGCUAAAAACUCCUCAGAUGUUGAAUCCCCUCAACAAAGGCUGGUCCGUUUAACUAUUGAACACCCCCUUUACGGAAAAUAUUAUGACCCUAUCACAUCCUUUAAUGAGGAGUGGGUGGUUACAAAGUUAGGAAAAGUUUCAAAGGCAAUAAAAUCAACUGCAAUGAUAGCUGUUGACUGUGAGAUGGUUCUUUGUGAAGAUGGUACAGAGGCAGUAGUGAAAGUUUGUCUCGUAGAUCACCAUUUGGUGGUUAAGCUCGACAAACUUGUAAACCCUAAUAAAGCUGUUGCUGACUACAGAACUGAGAUUACUGGAAUUUCUGCUAAGGAUUUGGAAGGAGUUACCUCUUCUUUGGUAGAUAUACAGAAAUCUUUGAAGAAGCUGUUGUCACAUGGGACUAUUUUAGUAGGCCACAGUUUACAUAAUGAUCUACAAGCACUAAAACUAAAUCAUGCAAGAGUUAUUGACACGUCAUUUAUCUUCAAAUAUCUGGAUGAAACUACUCAUAGUACACCUUCUCUGAAUAAUCUCUGCAAGUCUAUGUUGGGGUAUGAAGUUCGAAGAGAUGAUGCUCGUCAUAAUUGUCGAGAUGAUGUAGUUGCUGCAAUGAAGUUAGUUCUGGCCAAGAUAGAGCAUGGAUUUGAUGAUCCUAUUGCGGUUGAAAGGAAACAUGUCUGUUGGAAGUUGAAUGACUCUCUUGCAUUUAUUUUUUUCGGUAAGAAAUUUGGUCUUAUUAAUUCAUUGCAUCUUCAAAAAUUGUAUGUACCUGAAACAGACUUCAGAAAGCUUUUUCUUCGCAGAAUACCAAUUGGUGUGCCAAGCAGGGUGUCCUGUAUCUGUUACGAUACGGCCAUAUCGGCCGAUACGUAA